AUGGGCAAAACCUCAACCCAACCAUUGCUAGCUUUGGCCUCGCCAAAGUGGAAGUACGAUGUGUUCGUGAGCUUCAGGGGUGAAGACGCAAGGAAGGGCUUCAUAUCCCACCUCUUCUGUGCCUUUGAGCUAGUCGAUAUCAACCACGAUCACAUGGUAAUUCCGAUCUUCUAUGAUGUGGAGCCAUCAGAAGUCCGAAAGCAGGAAGGAGAGUUCGGGAGAGAGAUGGAGAGCUACGCAACCAUGCAUGGGGAGGCUAACAUGGCCGUCUGA